CGAUCCCCCGCGUUCCGGCCCACCCGAGGUGGACCGGGUGAGGCUGUGGCGGAGCGCGCCCCCAAACUUCCCUCGUGGCGUGAGGGGAGAAGCGAAGGCACGGUGGCGGGGUCCUAAGGACGGGCGCUGAAUAUGGGGAGGGGUCGGGACCCCAGAACAGAACGAGGAGGAAAAUGUUCCUACACGUUCCGCCAAGCCGCUGAGGCCCGUCCUCCCCGCCUCGCCUGGGGCCACCAGGAUGAACAAGCUGUCCGGGGAGCUGGCCCGAGACUUGGAGCGCAGCCUGCCGGCUGUGGCCUCCCUCAGCUCCUCGCUGUCCCACAGCCAGAGCCUCCCCUCACACUUGCUCCCACCGCCUCCCGAGAAGCGCCGCGCCAUCUCUGAUGUCCGCCGCACCUUCUGCCUCUUCGUCACCUUCGACUUGCUCUUCAUCUCCCUGCUCUGGAUCAUCGAGCUGAACACGAACACAGGCAUUCGGAAGAACUUGGAGCAGGAGAUCAUCCACUACAGCUUUAAAACUUCCUUCUUUGACAUCUUUGUCCUGGCCUUCUUCCGCUUUUCGGGUCUGCUCCUGGGCUACGCGGUGCUGCGGCUCCGGCACUGGUGGGUGAUUGCGGUCACCACGCUGGUGUCCAGUGCGUUCCUCAUCGUCAAGGUCAUCCUCUCUGAGCUGCUCAACAAAGGGGCGUUCGGCUACCUGCUCCCCAUCGUCUCCUUUGUCCUUGCCUGGUUGGAGACCUGGUUCCUUGACUUCAAAGUCCUCCCCCAAGAGGCUGAGGAGGAGCGAUGGUAUCUCGCUGCUCAGGCUGCUGUUGCCCGAGGACCUCUGCUCUUCCCUGGAACUCUGUCCGAGGGCCAGUUCUACUCACCCCCUGAAUCCUUCGCAGGGUCUGAUAAUGAAUCAGAUGAAGAAGUUGGGAAGAAGAGCUUCUCUGCCCAGGAGCGUGAGUACAUCCGCCAGGGCAAGGAGGCCACGGCGGUGGUGGACCAGAUCUUGGCCCAGGAGGAGAACUGGAAGUUCGAGAAGAAUAACGAAUAUGGGGACACUGUGUACACCAUCGAGGUUCCCUUUCAUGGCAAGACGUACAUCCUGAAGACCUUCCUGCCCUGCCCUGCGGAGCUGGUGUACCAGGAGGUGAUCCUGCAGCCCGAGAGGAUGGUGCUGUGGAACAAGACGGUGACCGCCUGCCAGAUCCUGCAGCGAGUAGAAGACAACACUCUCGUCUCUUACGACGUGUCUGCGGGGGCUGCAGGCGGUGUCGUCUCCCCCAGGGACUUUGUGAACGUCCGUCGCAUCGAGCGACGCAGGGAUCGGUACCUGUCAUCAGGCAUCGCCACCACCCACUGUGCCAAGCCCCCCUCGCACAAAUACGUCAGGGGAGAGAAUGGUCCUGGGGGCUUCAUCGUGCUCAAGUCGACCAGUAACCCCCGAGUCUGCACCUUCAUCUGGAUCCUGAACACAGAUCUCAAGGGCCGCCUGCCUCGGUACCUCAUCCACCAGAGCCUCGCAGCCACCAUGUUUGAAUUUGCCUUCCACCUGCGGCAGCGCAUCGGAGAGCUGGGGGCCCGGGCCUAGGCACACGCUGCCGGCCAGGGGCCCGUCCACGGUCUCCAGAGCCGGCGUGGGCCAGCUGGGCUUUCUGCCGCCCACAGUGGACUGGCCUCAGGCAGUGGGGACGGGGCUUCCUCCCACCUGGUGCCCGUAGCCGGGGCUGGACCGCGGGCUGGACCGCGGGGCCCUGCUGCUGGUGUCUCCACGGCGCCCCUGUCUCCCAGAGGAGCUCUGCUGUCCCUGCCCCCCAGGGGACUAGGAGCCUGCAAGACUGGGCGGGGAGCACCGGCCAGGGCAGGACGGCGGUCAGGGCAGCCCAGCCCCCAGUGUGCUGGGUGCGGGAGCCCUUUCAUUCACCUGCAUUCUCAUGAUUUUUCAGGAUUUCAAAGGUCUGGGACCUUUCCACAUGCACUUGUGGGGGAGUGGGUGGCAGGCAGGGGUGAUCGGUGCCGGCAAUGAGCCUCUGCCUCUCCCAGGUUCUCUCCCUUCCGGGGCCUCCGCGGAGACCUUUGUGAUUUGAGCCAAUAAAAAACAUGAACUCAAGGGGGAAAAAAGAACC